CUUCUGCUCUGGUCCGCCCACCUGUCCAGGUUCAACAGUCCCAGCCGGAAGCCACCUCCACGGACUGUGCACAGUGUCUGAAGCUACUCCCUUUGCUCAGAUGCUCCUCCCUCAGAGUUUCCAGCCUGAAUGCCACGGCCUUCAUUGUGACCCAUUCCUACUCAGGACUUGUAUCCCAGGGCUGCCUGGACCCUGGGGUGUCCCUGGAGCCAGGGUUUUUUUCUCUGACAGAGGCCAAGGCUCACCAAUGUCAUCAGGCCUCUCCAUGACUGAAGGAAACCAAACUGUGUUCUCAGCGUACACCACCACACCAACAAUGACCCCUAGGCUGGGCACUGGGGGCCAGGCAUGGCCUGUGCUGGUGGGGGUCGUGCUGGGAGCGGUGGCCCUCUCCAUACUCAUUGCCCUUGCUGCCAAGUGCCACCUCUGCCACCGGUACCGUGCCAGCUAUCGGCAUCACCCACUGUCCAGAACAGGGAGUGGGAACCGCCCACAGGUGGGUGAAGAUGAAGAUGAUGAUGGCUUCAUCGAAGACAAUUACAUUCAGCCCGGGGCUGGUGAGAUGGAGACAGCAGGCAGCCGGGACCACUUCUCUCUAUGAGCCCCGUCUUUGGACACUCUCCACUUCCCUCCAUGUCUGGCACUUUAAAGACAGCGAUGCCUCAAGUCUCAGGGUCAGAAGUGGGUCAGAAGUGGCUUGACCAGAGGUCUGUUUUCUGACACUGGUCGCCAAAGGGGCAAUUCUGUUUCUCAGUUACUCUCCAUGACUCCCCACUAUUCCAGGAUAAACCCUGACAGUGCAUGAAUGUGGGGAGAGGCCCCUGAGGGCAGGCCUCUUGACUUCCUUUCCUUGCCUCCAUCCUCCCUACUUCACCAAGCUUUUACCAGUCCCCCCUGCCCGGGCUGCUUUGCCCCCCUCAUGAUGUUCCCUGACACACAAGUCCCAGGAUUUCACACAUGUCCCGGCAGAAGACCGUGCCAAAUUUCUUUACUGAAAAUUUUUUUUCUUAUCAAAAUAAAGUAUGUGACUUGGUUAUAAUAUAUCAUGUUUUUCACAGGAAUUAAUAAAUCUAUUUUCAUUUU